AUGUACUUACCUGGCCCAGUAAGUGUGAACGGAACAGGAAGAAGAGUGUGUGUGUGUGUGUCUGUGGCGGAUACCUUAGGGUCAAAUGCGGAAAUGGUGCAGAUAUGGCUCAAGUCAUCCCUGAGAGUGUUCAACUGCAUCAUGGGUUUGGGGGGCGUCGCUGCAACCGCGUAUGGUGUUUUGAUGAUCAGAGUUUGGCAGGUGGAGGGGGAGGAUUCAUCUUCGCAUUCCCAUCAUGUUGCUGUUCCAUGGUUUUUUCAUGCCUUUCUUGGGGCCGGUGUUGCAAUCUGUGCGAUCGCCUGUCUAGGACACAUUGCUGCCAACACUGCAAAUUCCCUCUGCCUGUCGAGCUAUAUGAUUAUUGUUCUGCUACUGCUCCUAUUGGAGACGGUGACCGCAUCCUAUGUGUUUGUGAAUCCUGACUGGAAAAAGGUGCUACCGAAAGACCUGGCUGAAAAGUUAGAAGAAUUCCGGGACUUUGUGGUGUCGAGUGGUGAUAUCUGGAAGUGGGCAGCCUGCUUGAUCUUCCUAACACAGGGUGUGUGCAUAUUAUUAGCGACUGUUGUACGGAGUGAUGCGGCGAAUGAGGUAGAUAUCUACGAAAGUGACGAUAGGGUGAUGGAGGAUGAAUCUACCGAGCACCUGGUAGCAGGGGCGACCAUUGUCUGAAAAGUGAUUCUGGAGUGUAUGUAUACUGUAUGUGUGUAUAUGUAUCAGUAUCAGACAAGCCAUGAAGAGAUUAGAUUAGAUUAUAAUAAGUGGAUCAAUGGCAAGUGGUGGUAUAUUACAGCUGGGCCUACUCAACUCAAGGCUCAUUUCAAAGAGAUGAUCUUCUCUAUCAACAAAAAUAACAUAAAGAAAGAACACAUUUCAACUUGGAAACCCUAAUCUGAAAAUAUAAGAAAAAAAAGCCUCACAACUCAACUAACUGCACGCACACACACACACAGUACAGUACAGAUAUACUCUUGAGUGAAUUACCCUAAUAAUUAAAGUUGCACAAAAUUUGGGGGAUUGAAGAUCAUGAAUGAGAAGGCGAAGAAGCGUGAGAGAAGAUGGAGGAGAGGGAAUGAGCCAG